UUGAAUUAUCCCAGCAUUGUUACAGUGGUACUGCCCUGUGAUGGGAAGGGGAAUAGGCUGUACUGGUGUAAGGCAUCUUUAUCCUGGUGUCACUGUGUCCACCCGAGGGGCUGCACUGGUUCAUCCAUAUCGGUAAAACUUCAUCCCCCAACUGACAUGGUGACUCUGGCACAAAAUCUGACCCGUUGUGUCCCAGGCCUUGAGAGACUCACUAGCUGCUCCAGGCUGGCCAGGCCCAGGGGCUCCAGCAGGACCGUAGGUGAGGGGGGCGUGGAGGGGCUGCUGCCUUUCUGCCUGGCUGAGCCCCCCUCUCUGCCGCUGCCUCUGGUGCUGCGCUCGCAGGCUCAGCCCGUGCCAGGGCCCAUGCGGCACCAGGAGGCUCUCAAGCUAGUUUGUGAAGAGGAUCAAACCCCCAUCAGUGUGGUGUGUGACAGAUCCCGGGCGCACCGAGCUCGCACUGUGGUUGCCAUAGAGGAAGCUGCCCAGGAGUACAAGGAAAAGAUCCAGGCCCGUUUGAAGUCUCUGAGGGAAGAGAGAGAAAAGCUCCUGCGAUUGAAAGUAAAUGGAGAGAAAAGAAGCCAGGAGUAUCUAGUAGGUGCCCAUUGUUUUUCACCUGCUGGGACAUGGAGAGGGGAGGUUUGUUGGUAGAUUUCUGUGUGGUGUGGGGAAUGUGGGCUUGUGUAUGUUUCUCUAUGAUCAUGGGAUACUCUGUGUGUGUGUGUGUACACACAUGUGCAUCACAUAUGUUCUCUCCUUGGAGGAGGACAACAGCAUCUUCUGCAGCAUCUAAAAUGCAUUUUAAUUAACAAGUUAAUUACUGUCCCCUGUGGCUUUCACAAAACUUCUUCCAAACUGCACUGACUAUAUCCCAGCAGUGCUGUGUGCCGGCGUCUGCCGUCAUUUCUUGUAUUUUUCUAAUCAUUUAAUCAUUUCUUUAUU